AUCUCGCAGCUUUCUUCUUCCACUUUAACCAUUUGAAAAUGUCUGGACGUGGCAAGGGCGGCAAGGGCCUGGGCAAGGGCGGUGCCAAGCGCCACCGCAAGGUGCUUCGCGACAACAUCCAGGGCAUUACCAAGCCCGCUAUCCGCCGUCUGGCUCGUCGUGGCGGUGUGAAGCGUAUCAGCGGCCUGAUCUACGAGGAGACCCGCACGGUGCUGAAGACCUUCCUGGAGAACGUCAUCCGCGACUCGGUCACCUACACCGAGCACGCUCGCCGCAAGACCGUGACCGCCAUGGACGUGGUGUACGCCCUGAAGCGCCAGGGCCGCACCCUGUACGGCUUCGGCGGCUAAGCGGCUUCUGCGCCGCUGCUGCCAAGCUCGGGCGGCAGCUGUGGGAGUUCACGGCACGGUUCCACCGUGACUUGCCCCUUCCCCGGGCUGCCUGCCUCUUCAUCCAAACUCGGUGUUUCUCAACACCACCAUAUUCGCAUCCUAGCUUUCCCCAACGCGUCUCGGCCUCACUACUGCUCUGUAGCCUACAUGCCGCUGGUUAGGCAUGCCCUAUAUCUACCAGCAUCUUUCAGAUGGGGUGGUAUGGGGUAUAGGAUUGGUCCCGGCGCCGGUCACCCCUCUGUGGAUUGGGUUAAGGCCAGAAUAGCUUGGACCCCACUUAAGGCUUGGGUUUGACUGGCCAGGAAUUGGAACCAGGCUUUCAGGGAUUGGGAUAGGGACGGCAAGGAUUGGAACCCGGACCUCACGGAUUGGGAUUGGAGGUCGCGGCACAUUGGAUAGCAAGUUGGUAUUCUGGGCUGACCAGAGGAUUGGUAGGAUAGGUACCCCAUGCCCCUCUGCAUCUUGUGGGGUCGCACGGGUGAGGGGGCACAGUUGUGGGCUUGCGGCCGUGUGAAGGGGUGCCACUGGAGCGGGCGAGAGAGAUGCGGCAAGGGAUCGUGGAUGGAGCACGGGUGCCGGUUGGGAUCGGGGAUACAGCAGGGGUCUAAGGCACGGCACGACCGGUCUUAAGGGAGGUCCGCAUUUGGCGCGGACAGGUCCAGACUCGGCUUGGACAUUCUGACUUGCAUUUGUCGCACCCCCCCUGUGCAUGCAGUUGCGGUUGGACGACUGGACUCCCGCCACAAGUGCGCGCAGGGUAACGUUAAGCGCCGU